AAGAACGGAACAUCAAGAUAGUUGAAUAAAUCAAUCGAAGAAAACAAAAAACAAAAGAAACAAACAUAAUCAAAGAAACAAACAAAUAAAACACAUAAAAACAUAAUCAAAGAUCUCAAAGAGCCCUGCCGGGACCGUCUGUGAGUCGAGACCGACGGGAAGAUCGGAAGCCACAGCUUCCGUCGUUUCGCCAUGGGGGAAGCCGUGGAGGUGACCGUGGGUGAAGCAGUGGAGGCCUACUGGCCUGACGAUGACCAAUGGCUCCCCGCAGAGAUCUCGGCAAUCCUAGAGGACGGCAACAUCUCAAUCACUUGGGAAGAUGGAAGCUUGAGUGACGUACCUGCCGACUAUGUGAGAAAGCUUGAGCUCGAGGAGGUGCCUGAAGCGGAGCAUGUAAGUCCUCCUGCGCCUGCGCCAGCUGCGGAUGACAUGGAUGCUCUCUUGGCAGCGGCGGAAGCUGCUGGUGCUACCGCGAUGGCAGAGGAGUUUGUGGGUGAUUCGCGGCCUCCAAGCUCGCUUUUCUGGUCCGACGUCCUCAACAAGAGCACCAAGGAGACGGAUGAGAAGAAGCGCCUGAGGCCCAGUGGCUUGAUGAGCUCCGAGGAGGCACGGCGCUUGGCGGCGAAGAAAGCGAAAGCUGCUUGAGCCCGGUGCGGGCGUGCGUCUGGCAUCUGCACGGCUCUCAGUCCCAGUGUCACAUUGAGAGUUUUAGAGAGUC